AUGUUAGUAGCAUUGACAUUUAUUCCAAUUAAUUAUAUUGAUUUGGCAAUCGAAUCCUUGGCAGGAUACUUACCAGACGAAUUACAACCCUUACUAGAUUGGUUUGAAAACAAUUAUGUGGGACUAAUUAAUAGAAAUCGAAGAGGUCGUCGAUUACCUUUAUUUCCACCUAAUAUUUGGAACAUGUAUAACAGAGUUUUGAAUGGAAAAAACAGAACCAGCAAUCACGCCGAAGCUGCUAAUCGAAGACUAAACAUGGAGAUGGGCGUUAACCAUCCAAGUUUGUGGUCUUUUAUAACGUGUCUUCAAAAAGUACAGUCAGGUAGAGACUUUUAUUAUAGUCAAUUAGAAGCUGGAGAUAGUCCACUUAAAAAAUAA